GAAAGAAAAAAAGAAGAGAAAAUUCUUACAGUAGAAUUUUCCUUCAAGAGAAAAUUCUUAAUAGUAGGAUUUUCCUUCAGGGUUACGUAAAGGAAAAGGCUUAGGCUGCUGAAAUAGACAUAGCAAUCUAUGUCACUGAAUUUUAGCUCAUAUGGCCGAAUUUCGUUGAUUCUAUGGGCAAUGUGAGCGGGUGAGCUUUUGAUUUCGGCCAACAAUCGUCCAUGGAAGAUAAUUAGAAUUCAUCUACUUUCCUUCUUCAUUCUUCAGAAAUUCAAAUCUUCCGGUUUUGAUAUCAAUGGCGAAUACACCAACUGAGGCCGCAACCUUCUGGACCCAAGCAAAUGCUCUCCUCAGGAAAAACUUAACCUACCAGAAACGAAAUUUGAGGACAAAUAUUCGUCUCAUUUCCUUCCCAUUCAUCCUUUGUUUAUUGCUCGUUCUACUUCAAAUAAUAGUCAACGACGAAUUGGAUAAGCCGAAGAACAAUUGUGGUUGUGUUUGUGUUGAUACGAAUGGAGAUGGUGUAUGUGAGAAAGUAUGUGGGUUAGAGUACUCAACUUUGAUACAAGCAGUAAGCUGCCCCAUUCCAAGUCCUCCACAAUGGCCUCCCAUAUUGCAAAUGCCUGCUCCUGAUUUCCGUGCUGUGAGAACAGAUUUUCUUCCAUAUACAGACUUGUCAAAUGAAUCAUGCAGGGAGUCAAUGUCAUGUCCUGUUACUAUGCUCUUCACUGGAAAUAAUCGCUCUCUUGGAAAUAUUUUGGCUGCAAGUAUGGUCCCAAGUUCUUUGUCUUGGAACUCUUCUGACGUUCUAUAUGGAGCAUCUAUUAACGUUUUGGGAUCAGCAUCAAGGCCUAGAACAAACAAUUAUCUUGAUCCUGCUUUCUUUUCAGACCUUCCUUUAUAUUAUAUGCAACGUCAGUGUGUGGCAGGCUCGACAUUGUCAAUUCCUGUUUCAAUAUUCUCUCUUACAAAGAUGCAAGAUAUUGCAUGUGUUCAAGGUCUACAAUUGUGGCGCAAUAGUUCGUCAGAGGUGAAUGAUGAGAUAUACAGAGGUUACCAAAACGGGAAUUCAGAGGGGAAAAUCAAUGAGAUUCUUUCAGGUUUUGAUUUCUUAAAUUCGGAUGGGAACAAUUUUAAUGUGACUAUAUGGUAUAACUCAUCUUAUAAGAGCAAUGUUGGCCGUUCGUCAAACGUUUUGUUGCGGGUUCCACGUCUGGUUAAUCUGGUAUCCAAUGGCUAUCUUAAGUUUGUGUUAGGAGCAGGCACAGAGAUGCCCUUUGAGUUUGUCAAAGAAAUGCCAAAACCUGCAACAAAGAUCAGGCUGGAUUUCUCUUCUCUACUUGGUGCACUCUUUUUUACGUGGGUCAUCCUCCAGCUUUUCCCAGUUAUCUUGACGUCGUUGGUAUAUGAGAAGCAACAGAAACUGAGAAUCAUGAUGAAAAUGCAUGGGCUUGGUGAUGGGCCUUAUUGGAUGAUCUCGUAUGCUUAUUUUCUCACCAUUUCUGCAGUAUACAUGUUUUGUUUUGUGAUGUUUGGUUCAGUUAUAGGGCUGAAAUUUUUUACAAUGAAUGACUACAGUAUCCAGUUUGUGUUUUAUCUCUUAUUUAUAAAUUUGCAAGUCUCCCUGGCCUUUCUAGUGGCUGCCAUGUUUUCAAAUGUCAAGACUGCUGAAGUUUCAACAUAUAUAUGUGUCUUUGGAACAGGGCUCUUAGGUGGAUUUCUCUUCCAAUUUUUUAUUGAAGAUCCGUCAUUCCCACGUCGCUGGAUCAUAGCUAUGGAGUUAUAUCCUGGAUUUUUGCUAUAUCGUGGGUUGUAUGAGUUUGCAGUUUAUUCAUUCACGGGGAAUCUAAUGGGGACUUAUGGGAUGCGCUGGGGAGAUUUGACUGAUAGUACUAAUGGAAUGAGAGAAGUCUUGAUCAUUAUGCUUGUUGAGUGGAUACUGGUGCUUCUAUUUGCGUAUUGUAUUGAUAAAGUUUUAUCAUCGGGAAAUUGGAAGCAUCCCUUAUUUUUCCCGCAAAGACAUGACAAAAAACAUCCAUCUCAGAAUCCUGGUUUGGAAAGGCAAGGACCAAAAGUUUUGGUUCAAACUGAUAAACCUGAUGUUAGAGAAGAGAAGGAGAAGGUUGAACAGUUGCUAAAGGAAGGAGAUCCAAGUCAUGCCAUCGUUUGUGACCAUCUCAAAAAGGUGUAUCCAGGAAAGGAUGGAAACCCUGACAAGUUUGCAGUUAGAGGAUUAUCUCUUGCUUUGGCCCGAGGAGAAUGCUUUGGGAUGCUAGGUCCUAAUGGUGCGGGAAAGACCUCCUUUAUCAGUAUGAUGAUUGGUCUUAUAAAACCAACCGCUGGAACAGCCUUUGUUGAAGGUCUGGACAUAAGGACUGAGAUGAAUGGUAUAUAUGGAAGCAUGGGUGUUUGUCCACAGCAUGACCUGCUAUGGGAAACCUUAACAGGAAGAGAGCACUUACUCUUUUAUGGCAGAAUGAAGAAUUUAAAAGGUUCUGCUUUAAUACAAGCGGUGGAAGAAUCUCUCAAGGGUGUCAACCUCUUCCAUGGAGGAGUAGCAGAAAAACAAGCUGGGAAAUACAGUGGAGGUAUGAAGAGGAGGCUUAGUGUUGCUAUUUCACUAAUUGGGGAUCCUAAAGUUGUUUAUAUGGAUGAGCCAAGCACCGGCCUAGAUCCAGCUUCAAGAAAAAAUUUAUGGAAUGUUGUGAAGCGUGCAAAGCAAGAUCGAGCAAUCAUCCUUACUACACACUCUAUGGAAGAGGCAGAAGUCUUAUGCGAUCGGAUAGGAUUUUUUGUAGAUGGUAGCGUGCAGUGUAUUGGAAAUCCAAAAGAGCUUAAAACCAGAUAUGGUGGAGCUUAUGUAUUUACGAUGACAACAUCCCCUGUUCAUGAGAGAGAUGUUGAGAACAUGGUGAAGCAUUUGGCCUCUGGAGCUAGCAAGAUAUACCAUUUAUCUGGAACCCAAAAAUUUGAGCUUCCAAAACACCAGGUUCGGAUUGCUGAUGUGUUUCAAGCUGUUGAAAAUGCCAAAAGCAGGUUUACAGUAUUGGCUUGGGGUUUGGCUGACACCACUUUAGAGGAUGUCUUUAUCAAAGUUGCGAAUGACGCUGAGUCUUCAGAUAUGCUUUCUUGACUCCUUGUUGCUUUCUCUUUUUUCAAGUUUAAAAAGAGAAUGGAGAUUGAAUUUUCUUCUCUAAUUUGUACACUAACCCGAUCCUUUGAUUGAUUCUAUUAGACACUAUUGAUUAUUUUAAUUGUUGUACUUGUAAUAUUUAUUUGAAUAUGAUUAAGAGGAUGGUUAUCUUAGUUUUACGAGCAAAGUAGCUAGCA